GCCAAACGAGAGGACUUGGGCCAUGGCCUUGGCCCAAUUAAGAAACAAACAUCUCCAGGCUUCGUCGGGGAAGUUAUGGCGAGCGAUGGCGAAAGAAGCUCCGGUUGGCCGCUGCGAUGUUCCAGCGCCGCGCAAAGCUCGUCGCUCGAAGAAACGCCGACGAGUGAAGCUGAAAGUUAAAGUGAAGAAGCAAGCUAGGGCGGAAGGGAUCAGUCCACUGGUCGAAAAGUACUGGUUACAGCGCUAUGAUUUGUUCUCCAAGUACGAUAAGGGCAUCGAAAUGGACGAUGAAGGGUGGUUUUCGGUCACGCCGGAGGAGAUUGCGGCCAGGCAUGCUGAGCGGAGCGGCGGCGGAGUCGUCAUCGAUGGCUUCGCUGGCGUCGGCGGUAAUGCCAUUCAGUUUGCCAAAAUGUGCCAUCACGUUGUUGCUAUUGACGUUGAUCCAAAAAAAGUUGAGUUGGCAUUUAAUAAUGCAAAAAUAUAUGGCGUGGAAGAUUACAUAGAUUUUAUUGUUGGAGAUUUUGUCAAACUUGCCCCUUCUUUUAAGGGGGACAUAGUGUUUCUCUCUCCACCAUGGGGAGGUCCAUCUUAUAAAGCGAUAGAGAAUUUUACCCUUGAUCUGUUGAAGCCAAAAGACGGGUAUUCAAUGUUUCAGAUUGCUCAGGCAAUCACGCCCAACAUCAUUAUGUUCUUGCCACGGAAUGUGGACUUGGACCAAGUGCAAGAACUCUCAUGGCUGUCCUCUCCUCCAUUGUGUCUCGAGAUUGAGAAGAAUUAUGUGAAGAACAUUUUGAAAGGGAUAACAGCCUACUUUGGUGGUGCUGCAUUUGGACAACUUAUGUCAUCUUAACCUGUCCAAGCUGAAGCACUCCAUCUUUUGAUCAAUCAGUUGGGUUGGCUCCAUUAUGCAACCCUUUAUUCAUGGCACAACCUGUACAUAUAUUCAAUUAACUUAGGACAUCUAGAUAAAAAUGUAAAAGAUAAGUAGACUUUGAAUUUCACCAGAGGUAAUUAAUUGCAAGCCAGUAUUCAUGCGGUUGCUGCAGUGUUGUGUUAGGUUGAUGAAUUUAAGGCCCUGAGCUGCUGAGGUUUUGACUGCAUUCACCCAACCCUCAACUUUACAAAGGCAGUGAAUAGGGUACCCUUAUUUACUGAAGAGAAAGCUACACAGUUUUUGUCUCAUUUAACUUACUGGCAAAUUUACAAAUGUACUCAGCUGAACAGGUGAAACCCAAACAGGUGGAUUCAGCAGGCAUCAAAUAUAUCUUGACAUGGCUUUCAAUUUCCUUUUUGGGGAAAUGUUAGGGCACUUAAGGAUAGUAUUUUAUACAAUGCAAAGAGUAUAUUGUAUAAUAACAAGAGUGAUGUAUGAUAGAAAGGAUAAUGUACCCUUAAAUGCACUAUCUUUUCUCCUUUGGCUUUCA